UCGUAGUUGGUUUUAUAUUGGUGGGUGAGAUGGCAGAGUGUGUGGAAGGAUGAGGAGGCGCAAAUUGAUAUUAGAGAGGCUAAAAAAUUAAAUUGCAGUCAUUGAUGGUGGGAGGAAAAAGUGACCGACGGUUGGUGAUGAAACACAAGAACUCAGUGGACUACAGGAGAAAAAUCAGGUGGUUUCUGGCUCAGGGCUCCAGAGAGCACAGAGUAGCUUCAGUCUCCAGUGCGCCCCCCCUAUGGUGACGGGCGGUCCUGCAGGGCCCCAUCGUGAUAAGGCAGGGCGGAGGAAGAGCUGGGACGGGACAGAUGGCCACGCCCUUUGUGCCCGUGGCUGUGCCUGUGGGACGAUCGUUGCCGGGGGGCGGCGGCGGACCCCGUGCCGACCGGACUCCGUCCUUGGGCAGCAUCUCCAAUAGCUCAGGCUCCUCCUCCUCCAAGGGCCCUGGGGACGAGGGGGCGGGGCCCAGGGGUGGGGAGGGUGUGGCGUGCCGGACCCCGCCCCAUCAGUGCCAGAGCCCCAUGACUCGGGCUCGCCUCAACGGGGCCGACUGCUCCAUGGAGUACUCCAGCUGCCCACGUUACCUUGGGGACGGAGGCGGCGAUGGUGGCCAUGGCAACGACGAGGACUUGCCAGGGUGUGAUUGGGAAGGCCGGCCCCUCACCCCGACCGUUCUGGGGUAUGAGGUGAUGGAGGAGCGUGCCAAGUUUACCGUAUAUAAAAUCCUGGUCAAGAAGACACAGGAGGAGAGUUGGGUGGUGUUCCGGAGGUACACAGACUUCUCCAGGAUGAACGACAAGCUGAAGGAGAUGUUUCCUGGGUUCCGCUUGUCACUUCCUCCCAAACGCUGGUUUAAGGACAACUACGACAGCGACUUCCUGGAGGACCGACAGCUCGGCCUGCAGGUCUUCCUGCAGAACAUGGUGGCGCACAAGGACAUCGCUAACUGCGUGGCCGUGCGAGAGUUCUUGUGUCUGGACGACCCGCCGGGUCCUUUCGACAGCUUGGAGGAGAGCCGGGCGUUCUGUGAGACUCUAGAGGAGUGUAAUUACAGGUUGCAGAAGGAGCUGUGUGAGAAACAGAAGGAGAUCGCCUCUCUCAAGAGACAGCUGGAAGAGAAACAGCUCCAUAUCCAAGUGCUGGAGAAGAGGCUCAGCGGGGCCGCUCUGACAGGGCCGGGCAGUGAGAGCAGUGUGGAGGCUGACGCUGAUGGAGACGUGGAGUCAUCGGCAGCGGAGGCCGACCAGGAGAUGGGCGAAGAGAGCAGCAGCGGUGAGACUCCCUCCUCCAGGCACUCCUGCUGGUGUGGACCCCCCCUGGGCAGCUCCCCACCGGUCAUGCAAGUGUCUGAGUCCCUGCUGGAGCCCUGACCUGGGGAGAGAUGCUGCCCCCCCCCCUCCCCGUCUUUCUCUCUCUGUCUCUGCCUCUCUCUAUCUCCGUGUCUCUCUUUUGGUCUCUCCCUCCCCCUGUCCCAGGUCAGCCCAGCGCUCUCAGACCUCCUGCGGUUGGACUCCUCUGGGCGGGAGCUGUCAGUCAGAGGCCCGCUCCACCCCCCCCCCCCCCCCCCC